CAGGGACACACACACACAGGCGACGUGCAGUGUGCCAACACAGCGCUAACAGGCAUGCUGCCCUAAUUACAAAAAGGCAUCCUGGGAACUUACGGAUGCGCCUAAAGACGAGAGGACAGAGAAAAGAGAGAUCCUCAUUUCAGAUAUAGAGGGGAGGAAUUCUAGAGUUAAACGAGUUGAUCCGCGACUGUAAUCGGUUCCUCUGGGAUUGAUCAGAGAAUUGUCUGGUUAAUCCCAUAAACGACGCGGGUGGACUUUGCCUCUCUCCCUCCUUUUCCCUUCGUCCGUCCCUCUCUUUCCUCUAUCCGUCCCUCUCUGUCCUCUCGUCUCUCUCUCCUGUCGGAGCGGGAGCAGGAGUCAGAGUACGUCCUUCUCUCCAGCUGCUAGGGAGGCUGUGUUCUUUGGCAAGGUAGUUCGGCUGUCACCCCUCUCCACCCCCUCUGGAGCCAUGUGGCACCCUAUGGCAUCAGCCUCAUCUGGAAGCCCCAUAAGUGAACUGGGUUAUAUGCACUAUUCCCAAGGGUCGAUGAGCAUGCCCCUCUCCCAUGGCCCUCCAAUGGGUGGCAUGGUGGGGCACCCCUCCGUCAUCAGCACUUCCAGGACCCUUCCAUCCCCAAUGAGCACCCUGGGCGCGCCCAUGAACGGCCUGGCGUCGCCCUACUCCGUCAUCACGUCCUCCCUGGGCGCACCCUCCACGCCAGGGAUCAACUUCGGAUCGCUCCACAGUCCACAGAUGAGAGAGAUGAACAGUGUCAGUAGUUCGGAGGACAUCAAGCCCCCCCCGGGUCUCCUGAAUCUCGGGGACAUCAACUACAACUGCAGCAGCCCUGGAGGCAUGUCCAAACACGUAUGUGCCAUCUGUGGAGACCGAUCAUCAGGGAAGCACUAUGGCGUGUACAGCUGUGAAGGCUGCAAAGGCUUCUUCAAGAGAACCAUCCGGAAAGACCUCACCUAUACGUGUCGAGACAGCAAGGAGUGCCUGAUAGACAAACGACAGCGCAACCGCUGUCAAUACUGUCGCUACCAGAAGUGCCUAGCCAUGGGCAUGAAGAGAGAAGGUGUGUCGGUGCAGGAGGAGAGGCAGCGGGGGAGGGAGCGGGGGGAGAACGAGGUGGAGUCCACCAGUAGCUUUAAUGAGGAGAUGCCCGUCGAUAAGAUUCUGGACGCAGAGCUUGCCGUGGAGCCCAAGACAGAGACAUCAGCAGACGAAGGCCCUGGCAACUCGACAAACGACCCAGUCACCAACAUCUGCCAGGCAGCAGACAAACAGCUGUUCACCCUGGUGGAGUGGGCCAAGAGGAUUCCUCACUUCUCAGAGCUGCCCCUGGACGACCAGGUUAUUCUACUACGAGCAGGCUGGAACGAGCUCCUCAUCGCGUCCUUCUCACACCGCUCUGUCACGGUGAAAGACGGAAUCCUAUUGGCCACGGGUCUCCACGUCCAGAGAAGUAGUGCUCACAGUGCCGGAGUGGGCUCCAUCUUUGACAGAGUCCUGACAGAGUUGGUGUCUAAGAUGAAAGACAUGCAGAUGGACAAGACAGAGCUGGGUUGCCUACGAGCCAUCGUCCUCUUCAACCCAGAUGCAAAAGGCCUGUCAAAUUCACCAGAGGUGGAAGGGCUGAGGGAGAAGGUCUACGCCUCGCUGGAGUCCUACACCAAAGCCAAGUACCCAGACCAACCCGGCAGGUUUGCUAAACUGUUGCUGCGUCUCCCCGCCCUGCGCUCCAUAGGCCUCAAGUGUUUGGAGCACCUGUUUUUCUUCAAGCUGAUAGGAGACACGCCCAUAGACACCUUUCUCAUGGAGAUGCUCGAAGCGCCACACCAAAUCACAUGACACGAGUCCCACUUCCCUCUGUAUAUAUACUCCCACAAUGUAAUUGAUAUGAAGAUUAAACUCGAUUCGAGUUGUAAAACAGACAUAUUUUGUACAAAGAACAAAUGAUUAUUAAUGUCAACAAUGUGUGUUUUUUGGGGGGUACGAGGAAAAAUACACUGUUAAAACACAAUUCUAAUAAAAUUUUGUAAAUAGAUAAUUUCAGGUAUCCAUUUUUAAAAGCAACCCAAAGCAAUAUUGAAAAUAAUAUUUUAUUAAAAAAUGAAUUGUAUAACACUGAAAACCGUCCUUAAGUUUCUAAAAAAUACAUUUUUGAAUUCUUCCAGAAUAAAAUAAUAUACAAUUUGGA